AUGACAACGUUUGACUUUUCCGACAUCGAGGCGUUUCUGGACAUGCACCCGGAUCUGUUUGAGGAGUAUUUGGUGCGUAAAGCAAAAUGCGAACAGGUGAGCCGCUGGCUGAAGGAGCACCCACAGUCCACCAAAACGUCCUCAGCCGAUGACAAACGCGGUCCUCUCCGAGACCCGCUGUGGUCCACCAACCCGGACGGGCUACGGCGCAGGUCGUCCCACAUGGAGCUGCGGAGAAACUUUGCUCGCUCCAAAGCUACAACCGCGCACCGGACCUACGACGAGCACGUGAGCCUGAGCGAGCACGAGUCACAGUCAAGUAUGAGGCGCCGCGCGCUUCUUCGCAAAGCCAGCUCCUUGCCUCCGACCACAGCGCACAUCCUAAGCGCGCUGCUGGAGUCCAGGGUCAACGUGCCCCAGUACGCAUCCAGCGCUAUAGACUACAAAUAUAGACUGAAGGAGACCAACGAGCGGGAGUUCUUCUUGGAGCUCGUGAAAGACAUCUCCAACGACCUGGACCUGACAAAUCUCAGCUACAAAAUCCUCAUCAACGUUUGUAUCCUCGUGGACGCUGACCGAUGCUCGCUCUUUCUGGUCGAAGGACCCCCGCACAAGAGGACGCUGGUGUCCAAGUUUUUUGACGUCCAUUCUGGGACCACCGUACGGCCAUCAUCGAGUACUUUGGACUCCAGCGAGGUGCAGGUGGCAUGGGGCAAGGGUAUAAUUGGAUACGUAGCAGAACAUGGAGAAACAGUGAACAUCCCAAACGCGUAUGAGGACCACCGCUUCAGUGAUGAGAUCGAUAAGUUGACAGGCUACAAAACCCAGUCUAUCCUCUGCAUGGCUAUUUGUAACAGUGAUGGAGAAGUCAUUGGGGUGGUCCAGGCCAUCAACAAAAACCCCAUUGGAACCCCCUUCACAGAGGAUGAUGAAAAGGUGCUGCAGAUGUAUUUGCCUUUUUGUGGUAUUUCCAUUUCAAAUGCCAAACUGUUCUCUGAGUCACGUAAGGAGUACGAGCGCAGCAGGGCUCUGCUGGAGGUGGUCAAUGACCUGUUUGAGGAGCAGACAGAUUUGGAGAAAAUCGUGAGGAAGAUUAUGCAGCGAGCUCUGACUCUGCUGCAGUGUGAGCGCUGCUCAGUGCUGCUCCUGGAGGACAUAGACUCACCUGUUGUGAAGUUUUCAAAAACCUUUGAGCUCAUGUCACCAUUGUGCAAUAUCGAUCGUGAUAUCAGCAUGGAGAAACUCUCCUGCUCUGAUUGGCUGAUCAAUAACAGUAUUGCUGAGCUGGUGGCCUCCACGGGACUGCCUGUGAACAUCAGCGAUGUGUGUCAGGACCCACGCUUUGACGCUGAGGCAGACCAGGCCUCUGGCUUUCACAUCCGUUCCGUGCUGUGUGUUCCCAUCUGGAAUCGCACUCAUCAGAUCAUUGGAGUUGCACAGAUCCUCAAUCGCUUAGACAGGAAGACUUUCAAUGAUGCAGACCAGAGGCUAUUUGAGGCAUUUGUUAUAUUUUGUGGGCUUGGGAUCAAUAACACAAUGAUGUACAACCAAGUGAAGAAGACGUGGGCCAAACAGUCUGUAGCAUUAGAUAUGUUGUCUUAUCAUGCAACUUGCUCCAAGGUAGAAGUGGACAGACUCAAGGCAGCUAAGAUCCCCCUGAGCAGUGAGCUGGGCAUCGACGAGUUUCACUUCAACGAUUUCUCUUUGGACAACGACGCCAUGAUUACAGCCUCACUACGGAUGUUUCUGGAACUCGGAGUCGUUCAGAAGUUUAAAAUAGAUUAUGAGGUUUUGUGCCGCUGGCUUUUGACUGUGAGAAAGAACUACCGCACAGUGGCCUAUCACAACUGGAGACAUGCUUUCAACGUGUCCCAGUGCAUGUUCCUUAUGAUCACGACAGCCAGUUUCCAGGACGUCUUGACUGAAGCAGAAAUCCUGGCACUAAUGGUCGGAUGUUUGUGUCAUGAUUUGGACCACAGAGGCACAAACAAUGCAUUUCAAGCCAAGACCGGCUCUGCUUUGGCUCUGUUGUAUGGAACCUCUGCCACUUUAGAGCAUCACCACUUUAACCAUGCUGUUAUGAUACUACAAAGUGAGGGUCACAAUAUCUUUGCAAACCUCUGCUCUAAAGAAUACAGCAACAUGAUGCAACUAUUGAAGCAGGCUAUUCUCUCCACUGACCUCACGCUUCACUUUGAACGCAGGACCAAGUUUUUUGAACAUGUGCUUUCUAGUGACUUCAGCUGGACAGAUGAGGGCCAUAGAGAGGUCCUGAGAUCUAUGUUGAUGACAGCAUGUGACCUGGGCGCUGUCACUCGGCCGUGGAAGGUAUCCAAACAGGUUGCAGAACUGGUUACGAGUGAGUUUUUUGAGCAAGGUGAUAGAGAGCGAUCAGAGCUAAAGUUGACCCCUGCGGCAAUAUUUGAUCGCAACCGCAAAGAUGAACUUCCUGUGCUGCAGCUGGAAUGGAUAGACGGGAUCUGUAAACCACUAUACCAGGCACUGCUGAAACUAAACAGGAAAUUACAGCCAAUGGUAGAUGGGAUUGACUCCAACAGAAAGAAGUGGGAAGAGCUGUGUUCGUCCUAUCGUGAAGCACGCCGAGCCUCAACGUCCAAUCAGAUCACAGAAAAAGGUGAGAGUGACUUGACCAGCAAAGAUGCCAUAUCGACUGAAGCCAAAGAGACUAAAAAUAUUGUCAAGUCCUGAUUCAAACCUCAACUGUCCAGAUAUAAGGAACAGAGAUAUGGGGGGUUUGCUUCUCCCAUGUGCCAUUGUGUCAACUGAGGAGUGGAGUGUGUCCUUUCCAGAGGUGGUACUAAGUUACAUCUACUCAAAUACAUUAAUUUAUAUAUCCAAUGAUCCGCUUCUGACAACCCCUUCCCAACACACAAACACAUACACACGCACCCCGUUGCACACACACAAACACACACACACAAACACACACACACGCACACACACACACUGAACACAGAUUAGGAAGAUUAUAUGAACUCUUCAAACCAAAGACGGCCACGUUUUGUAAUGAGAGCUGUAAAAACACACAUGCAUUGUUGCCUUUAAAACUGCAGGAGUCACUGUGAUCAGCAGCCACUGUGAAUGUAUUUUGUUCCUGGACGUCUUGUCUCAAUCUUUUGCAUGAAAAUGUAUUAUGUUUACUGAUGAAUACUUAGACUUUGUUCUUGCAUGUACUUUUUGUAUAUACAGAAAUGAUGAUGUGUAAGUGUAAAACUAAUAUUUAUUAUUUUGUGAUUUGUUGCUUGUUGUAAUGCCAUAUCUCUCUUACCAACUUGUUGUAUUAAUAAGUUUAAAUAUAAGUAUUACAGUAAACCCUCAGGAAUAAGACCAGUAUGCAAAAUUACAUGUGUUUUAAGAGGUCAUUGAACGUCACAUUUGAGUGUUUACUGUUUACUGUCAAGUCUUUGAGUAACAGAACAUUACAAAGGUGCACAAUGUUUUCUCAGGAGAAUUAAAGUCCAUAUUUUAUGAGCACAGUGGUUAAUCAGAGUAGGAGCCUUUAAAAUCUGAUAUGUACAAAAUAGUUUUCCAUCUUUCCUUUGCUCCAGCAGCAUGCUGUGUCUGUUUACUGUUCAAAUGCAUGGGUCAUUUUAUUGUAGAGUUUGGACAGCAAUGCCUUGAAAGCCAUAUGAGAUUUGCCUUGCAUGAAGAUAUAUUUUGUGAGUUAAGGAUUUAAUUGUUGCUGCAUAUGCAUAUAAAAAUCUAUUUUGGUGAGAGAUGUUUACUGAAACUACAAAUCUUUAAUUUUUCAGAUGUUAUGAUUAUGGAAGAAGCACAAUUGGCAUUUCUCUUGCUGUUUAUAAGAUAUAUGGACUAUAAAAAUGUUUCAAAAAGCAAAAAUGAGCUUUAUGUUUUGGGAAUAAAAAGCUUUUGGCAUGG